AUGGACCUUAUCCCGCCCUAUCUUCUCUCAACUGCAUUUGGCGAGCAGUACCUGUUGCUUUUAGCCCAACACCAGCGACUUGCUACCGGCCCUGCACCAGCAUCUUUUUCUACAACCUCAGUGACUCCAAGAAUAGAACCAUCUUCAACAACAGCUACCUCGACAUCUGAAACAACAACAGGCCCAUUAUCUUCUGCAGAAUUGGCUUCCGCUGGUAUUGAAAUCCCUGCAUCGCUCAUCCCGACAACUCCUGCAACAGCAGCUGAAGAUUUUUUUGAAGCUGGCUCUUUUCUUGACCAGACUUCAAACCUUUCCUUUCCCUCUGAUGCGGGUGUUUUCAACACUCAAUCCACAUCCCAAUCAACACCCCCCCUUCACAAUAUCGCAAGCAGUCUUUGGGCCCCGCCCAUGGCCCCUCUCCGCGCAGCAGGAGCACCUGGCGGCGGACCCCGCGUGGUCUCCACCCUUCCUGGAUUUCGCGACGAGGAAAUGGACGACGACGCCACCGAAAUUGCAAGUGGAAGUAACAGCAGUAAUAGUGGCGGCAGUGGUAGCGGCAGCGGCAGCAGUAGUGGCACGGCCCGAGGCACGCCACCUGCUGGGUCUUCAUUAUCAUUAUCUGCUCGCGUGCGCGGUGGUGAUGGUGGCCGAAACCAUAACGGUACGGCUCAAAAUCUUGAUGGUGACUCUGAAGGUAAUAACGAAACCAGCAGUAAUGACGAUAAUACGACGGCUUUAGUAACAACCAGCCCCCAGCAACUGCCUUUACCCCCCCGCGUACAAACACGGGUCACAACAACAACACAAACGGGUGGUUCUCCAGCAGUCAUCAUUUCGGUGAUUCGUCACUCCACUGGAGAUACGACUAUGACCACUACAACUACUUCCUCAAGUGCAGGUAAUAGCGGCCCCACAACUAUUGUCAACUCAGGCACAGAUGGUUCAGAUGAUGGAGAUUCAACCUCUAGCAUGCUUAUUUCGCAGCUUCGGCGCAUGGCCCAAAUUCCUUCAUUGUCUGGACCGUCUUCUACUGCAAACUCUAUUGCUGCUGCUGCUGCUGCUGCUGCUGCUGCUGGACAGAGUUCCGGUUCUGGAGGCCACAUGUCGUUGCUUGCUCAGAUCCACAAUAGUCGCCGGUCGCGGUUGAAUCCUACCAUCACUGGAAGCAACUCAGGUCGGCGGGGUGCUGAUGAAGAAUUGUUUGAUGAUAAUGACGAUGACGAUGACGAUGAUGAUGAUGAUGACGAAGAUGAUGACAUUGAUGUGGACGACGACGACGAGGCCCGCGAAGGUGUUUUUGGGCCACUUGAUCCGGCACUUGGCAGUGGUUCCAAUAGUGGCAGCGGAAGCAUUCCCAAACAACAAUCUUCCAACGAUUCCAGUCUUGAAAACAAUAGCGUUCCUCCUGGUCUUCUUUUCCUUGGACUUUCUCCUUUGCCUACUUCUUGGGUUUAUCGUGAGGUGGCUACACAGUCUGGCAGCGACGACCUUGCACCUGUGAUUAGUGCAAACGGUCUGCUCAUUACUUAUGAGUCCAAGUCGAAGCCUAGCAUCCAGGAAACUCGCACUCUUAAAACAAAUUACCCAAUCCCGCCGCUAUGUGGUGUAUUUUACUACGAGGUAGAUAUUUUGUUUGCCUCCCGCGACACCACCGUAAGUGUCGGACUGUGCACAGACCGCGCGCGGCUUGCCAAGGUCCCUGGCCACGCAGAGCACACGUGGGGGUUCCACAGUGACGAUGGGCGUAUCAUUUCACCUCAGGAUCACGGGUCGCCUCAAGCACACAAGUUUGGCACAGGCGAUGUUGUUGGGUGUGGCGUAAACUUUGCUCGCGGCAGCAUUUUUUUCACCAAAAAUGGCAUUCACUUGGGCGAAGCAUACACAGGGUUGGAGUUUGCACCUCCAGCGACUUUCCCUCGUGGUGCAUUGACUGUUGAGGCGUCGACCUCUGGUCAACCGACUGUUCCGCCAUUGGGAUCUACUCAUGACAUUUUCCGUGGAAUCAAUCAAGAUUCGGGCAGAAGUGGAACUGGAUUAAAUUUUGCAGAUUUAACAUCAAACAUGGGUUACUCGUCGUCAUAUAAUAGUGGUAGUAGUAAUACUCGCCGAUCGAACCGCAGUGGUCGCGAUGCCCAGGAUAACAAGAUUCUAGAGGUGUAUCCGUGCAUUGGAUUUAAGCCGAGUGUAAAGAUUCAGACGAAUUUUGGUAAAAAGGAGUUUCGAUUUAAUAUUGAACGGUAUGUUAAAGAGACUAAGGAUACUGUUAUGGAUGAGAUUCUUGUGGCAAACAACUUGCCAAUGGGUACAUACAAAGAAGAAGAGCAAGAGAAGCAAGAGGAACAGGAGGAGCAGGAGGAACAUGAGCAAGAGGGAGAAAGUAAUGGUGUGCCUUUGAUCCAUGCUGAUAUGCCAGAGUUUGUACAGAAUCUUGUUGCAUCGUACUUCACUUACAUGGGAUAUGUUGACACUGCUCGAGAGUUUCAAAAAGAGCUCGACCAAGAGCAACGACUUAACCGAGUUGACGCAACCUCUGGGCUUAACGAAGACGAGGACGUUGAGAUGGAAGAUGCGACCAAGGACGAGGCCAUGAAGAUUGAGGAUGCCAACAUUUUGAACCGACAAAAAGUUGGGCAGCUGAUUGUGGAGGGCCACAUUGAUGCUGCACUGCAACUGAUUCAGAAGGAGCAUCCGAGUAUUUUAGAGGACGAGACGUCGCUUGUUAUUUUCAAGCUGCGGUGCCUCAAGUUCGUUGAGCUGGUCAAGGAGGGGCCUUCUGGGCUUGCGAAAUCCAUUGCAUACGGCCAGGAAUUGCGUGAGUUGUACAAGCAUGACCGCCGAAUCUAUGUGCAGGACCGGUUGUCGCGGACAUUUGCGUUACUUGCAUAUGAGUUGCUUCCUAAUGAAGACAACAAGAUUGAGAAGGAUAAGGUAGAGGGGAAUGCAGAAGAAGAAGAAGAAGAAGAGGUUGAUCCUGCUUUGGCUGCACUUUUGGGACCUUCUGAACGAUACCAACUGGCAGAAGAAGUCAAUUCACUUAUUCUUGUAUCAUUGGGCCAACCACCUGUUGCAGGCAUCAAGAAGAUGGUUCAGCACACCAUGGCCAUGAUGUGGGAUCUGCAAAACUUCCGUGAUCGUCUUGACACCAGUGUUCUUAAUGUGCACCAAGAUUAUUUGUAUUAA